UUCGUUGUUUUUAUAUGGACAGCAUCCUUCUAUAACAGACACCUCUACCUGUUUUUAUAGAAGUUGUCAGUUACGUAGGAGGUGCUUCAGUAUCCCUGUCUUACAGAACAUCCAGAGCUUCACUAAGGAUCAGCCUGCAGACCUCUUAUGAUUGGAAUUUAUCAUAUUAAUUAACAUUUCCCUUCUUAGAAGACACGUCUCCAAGUAGUUCUUUUCCAGUUCUUGCUGACGUCAUCCAUUUUAUAGAUCGCCAUUGGCACUAACGAAUAAUUAGGGCCCAGAACAUUUGGAAUCCACACUUGACAAUGGAAAACAAUCCAGGAUUGAGCAGGACUAAUGAGAACCCUGAUGUAACUCAGCGAAAAUCUGGAUUUACAGAUUCAAAUUGGCUGCACAACUCUGGAUAUGACCAAUCAAUCAACUCAGAUCGUACUUGGUAUCCUGAGAUCACUAAUAUUGAAUACCAUUUAGGUGAUCUGCAUGGAAUCGAUGAAAUACCUAGAGAAGAAAAUAAAGUGAAUGCCCUAACAUAUUAUAAAUAUGGAAUAGGAGGUUCCGUUGAAAGCAUAUUUUCUCAGACCUCUGGUCAGACUAGUGAAUGGCCAAUGUUGAGGCCGAGCAAGUCUCAAGAUGCACUUAGUUUUACACACCAGGGCUGUGCAGAUAAUAAGCCUAAUGAGUCCAAAUGUCCAGAUAUUGUUGAUGAUGUAGUGGGAGAUGAACUUAUCUUACCUUAUCAAAACCAGAACAUAACAGCCUGUAGAUCCAAACAUUUAGCAACACAUCCUUCACCACCCUUCACACAAUUUCACACUACUUUAGCAGCUGAAAGGAAGUCAAAUCCCAAAUUCAUAGCAGAAAAUAUUUCCAAAGAUAAGGAGACACAAGACUGUGAAAGUCAAACAGUCCUCCAACCAGUACAAAGAGUAGGGCAGGAACCCAACGCAAUUGAAAAAGAAACAUCGUCUUCCUCAUUUACCAGGAUGAAAGAGAAAAACUUCACAGUUUUGAAAUCAGCUUCUGCACAGCCAAAGAAAAUACAUUUUAUACAUUCUUCUGAAGAAUUGGAUUCAAGUAAUUUGCAGGCCAUAGAACCCAAUACAUCACAGGAUAUCUUUGUGUCACUGCUGAAAUCCAUUCUCACAGAAAAGGAAGUUAAAAUAAAUGAUCUUGACGAAGAACUCAAGAGAGUAGAAACUGAGAAUCUACAAUUGCUGGAAGAAAAGGAUCUACUUCUCUCUGAAAUCGAAACACUUAGAAGAGAAUUUGAGGUAAUGACAUUUGACAAAGAGAGAAAAAAAGAGGAUGUAUUGAAUUUAUUUGACCCUAACUCUCCUGCAGUACUUCAACAACAAAUAGUCAAUCUCAAAAACCAGAUUAGUGACCUACAAGAAGCCAAUGAAAGUGUAGUUUUGGAACUAGCCAAAGCUGACGAGGAAAUUUCACAACAAAAGAAGGACAUGGCAAUGCUUAAAGACGAAUACAACCAGAAAUUAGAAGAUUCGCAAGAAGAAAUAAAACUGCUUACUGAAAAGCUCAGUCACAUGCCAAGCAGGUUCAUUGAAAGAAAGAAUUACGAAGAGGACCUACACAAGGAAAUCUCCCAAUUGAGGGGCGAGUGCAGAAGAUUGAGAAUCCACAAUCACCAGCUUAGUGAGCAAAAUCACCAUCUGCAGGAAGAGCUGCGGGAUGUUAAAAGGCAAUAUGAAUGUCUAAUAAAAAGUAAAACAUGCUCUUCAACUGCAGAAGAUGAAGUAGAAACAGAACGGCUAAAGAAUGAAUCUUUUACAAAAUAUUUCUACUCAAGUAACUGGAAUCCCGAAGAGGACAGUCUUUAUAGGAAUGAUGCUUUUAAAGUUGAUGGAACAUUUUCAAAAUGCAAAACAGCUGUAGGUUCUUUCAACAUAAAAGGAUCCUGGGAAACUCUUGUAUAA